GAAAGCUUGAAUUUUGAUCCUUUUUUUUCUCUCGAUCGAAAAGGUCGACUGAAAGGGUUGACAGUCGGCUUCCCGAUCGUCAGUAUAAUAGCGACCCUCUUCGGCACCAGAUCCCUUCGCCUUUGCCGGUGCAGGUGAAGCUACCACCACCAACCACUGCCCAUCCGCCGCAACAAGAAGCUCGUUCUCUGUUUUCUCCUCUGUUUCCUGAUCCUCGCGCGCUAGCUAGCUAACUCCCAUGGAGUCGUCGACCUUGAAGGCGUACUCCGCCGCCGAGAUCUCCCUCCACGCCACCAAGAAAGACUGCUGGCUGUCCAUCCACGGCAAGGUUUACGACGUGACUGCGUUCAUGGAGGAACACCCGGGGGGAGAGGAAGCCAUCCUCACCGCAGCUGCAGCCGGCGGAGACGCUUCGCAGGCCUUCGACGAGGUGGGCCACAGCUCCACGGCCACCAGCAUGAUGCGGAGCUACUUGAUCGGCGCGGUGGAGGGACACGCCUCGGGGGCGAGCAAGCCCUUCUUCGGGCCCAUGCUGUCGCAGUCGGAGCAGGGGAAGCCGGCGGAGACGUCGUCGGCCGGGGCCUUCCUCCUCCCUCUUCUGGUCCUCGGCCUGGCCUGUGCGGCUUGGUAUUACUACAACUUCUGUGCCAAAGUCAGCUCUUAAUUAAUUAAAAAAAACAACCCUAAAGCUUGAUUAAUUUGGCUAUUUGUUUUAAUUAAGAAUUAAGAUAUGGAGUUAAUAAAAGAGGGUGUAUUUUAAUGUUUGUUUAGGGAGGGCACUCUUUUUGUGAGGAUCGGAUGUAUCUUGUGGCAUGCAUGUUUCACUGAAUUUCCACAAAUUUGAGCUGGUUCUAUUUCGGUUUAUAAAAUGAUUAAUAGUGUCUAUUAUUCUAAAAA